GUUCGAAAACUUCCAAAUCUCGAUGCGUUCGCGGACUAGCGGUGUUGCUUCUUCUCCUCACCUUGCGCCGGUCCCAUUUCCCUCUCCGACGAGCCCCAACUUCCUCGCCGGCGGAAUUGCUGAUGCGUCGCUGGGAUCAUACUGUCCUUGAGGCCCCCGUCCCUUGCUCGUCUUCCUUCUGUAUCUGCUUCGGAUAGAGGCCGCGGAUCUUACGUCGCAUUGUCGGAUCCCAGAGGCCCCGCGCGAGAUCUCUGCAAUGUCGACGAGGAAUCGGACGCCUUUGUACAGGAAGUACCGGGAUGCGCUUCGCAGCGUCCGGGUUCCAGUGGCGUCGUCUCUUCCCUCGUCUUCCUCGGCUGCUUCUUCAGGAGGACGCGCUGGUCCCGUGAUCGAAAUGGUUAGCACUUCGCUUCUCCAUCCCGCCCGGUCUUAUGCUCCCCUUAGCACCGAAGAUCCCAGCAAUUCCAGUCCAGCUCAUCUUACAGUUAGUUUACCUCCAGCUUGGGUGGAUCUUUCUGAAGAAAUAUCUGUGAAUAUGCAGCAUGCUCGGAAAAAAAUGUCAGAUUUGGUCAAGGCUCAUGAAAAAGAUUUAAUGCCUUCUUUUGGGGAUGGUAAAGAGGAUCAACAUGCAAUUGAGGUUCUUACACAUGAUAUAACAUAUUUGCUCAAGAAAUCCGAGAAACAAUUGAUGAAAAUCUCUUCCAGUGCACCUUCUGGAGAUUCCAAUAUCAGAAAGAAUGUCCAGAGAUCACUUGCAACUGAUCUUCAGAACCUAUCGAUGGAACUGAGAAAAAAGCAAUCAUUAUAUUUAAAGCGCCUCAGAGAGCAAAAAGAGGGUCAAGAUGGCUUUGAUUUAAAUAUGAAUAUGAAUGGAAACAGACCUACCAUGGAAGAUGAUGAAUUUGAUGACAUAGGAUUUAGUGAACAUCAGAUGUCUCAACUGGAAAAAAAUGAGGCAUUCACAAGAGAAAGGGAGAGAGAAAUCGCUCAGGUUGUGGAAUCAGUAAAUGAACUUGCACAGAUAAUGAAGGAUCUCUCCGUCCUUGUGAUAGAUCAGGGGACAAUCAUUGACCGAAUUGACCACAACAUUCAAAAUGUUGCUUCCUCAGUGGAAAAGGGCUACAAAGAAUUACAUAAGGCAGAAAGAACACAAAGAAAAGGAGGAAUGGUUAUGUGUGCGACAGUUCUUGUCAUAAUGUGCUUCAUUAUGCUGGUCCUCCUAAUACUAAAGGAAUUACUCUUUUGAUCAAUACAAACACCAAUUGGAACAAAUCAUCAGGACGAGGCCGCUACUCAGUUGCUGGCUUGUUCAGGGGAAACCCAUGCAUUCUUUUCUUUUUCAACGACCUUCCGUGUGUCUUUACAUAUUCUUUGUAUUUCAUCCCUUCAUUUUUAUGGAAUUAAUUCACCAAUUCUUUUUUGAUAAAAGGAAGUGAAUUAGAUUAAUCGAGUUUUUUUUUAUUAUUUACAGAAGCACAUAGUAUGAUAGAAGUUUUCAUAUAUUCAUUUUGUUCC